UUUAACCGUAUUUCAUACAAAUGAUAUGUAAUAUAAUAUCAACAAAAGGAUACAUUGAUAUCCUAGGGCACACUCGGAUAGUAUAAAUAGUCGGCGCGUACUGGGCUACAUUAUCAGUCUCACUUUGUCGAGAGGAUAACAAACAUGUUCGCUAAACUGUUCAUCGUCUGCGUCGUCGCCGUGGUAGCGCUCGCCCGCGAGUACCCGGCCGGCCUGCACCCCGCAGUGUGCCCCAACUACCCCUUCUGCGACACCAACACCUUCGCGCGCUUCACCCCGGAGGGCCAGCCCAUCCCCGAGUGGGUCUACAACCCCUCCAUCCUGCCCGUAGCACCCGCCGACCCCAACGCGAACAUUGCCGCUAAAUACCCAGCCAACUUCAACGCGGCGUCCUGCCCCAACUACCCAUACUGCUGGUGAACAGUUUACACGCUGGCCUUCCGGACACACAGACAUAUGUUAAUGCCAGAAUUCACCACAAAACCUUUGACAAAUAUCUCUUUAUAAUCCUAGGGAAAUCAAUAAGUCUACUUAUUGAUUGCUAUUCGACCUAGAGUCGAAACUUUAAUGCUAUUCUUAGAGUAUACUUACAGUUACAUGACAUUCCUCUAUCAACUAUGCAACUACUGCAUAUAAGCCUUCUGUAGAACACUAUAGUCCUGAAUACGAUGUACUACGAACAACUUGGAACUCGUUUGAUGUCUUCUGUCUACUUAGUGGGAGGUUGACAUCUAACUAAACUUAGAGAGGAAAAAGUUACUCUGUGAAUACAAUUUUACUCGAGGUUGAAUGCCAAAUUAGAUAUGAAUUCAAUUUUGCUCACAAUUGAACGUAAUUUUACACAAAGUUGAAUUCAAUUCUUGUGCUCCGGAAUGCCGUUCAGCUUGCCUAUUAUUAUUUGUCAAUAUGUUUUGUAUGAAUUCUGUGUAAAUUAGCAAUGUCACUGCCAUAUUUUACAUGUACCUAAUAAAAUUGUAAAUAACAUGAACUGAAUAUUUGCUCAGCAUUUUGGUUUUGUUGUAAAAAUGUGUAAAAAUUUUGUAAAUAAAUGUGGUGAUUAAAACGAAAA